AUGGCGAUUCCCCAAGAUCAAAAGCCUGUACUUAUAGUCGGCGCUGGGAUAAGUGGCUUACUCCUUGCACAAAGUUUGACUCAGCAUAAAAUCCCUGUUCGCGUAUUUGAGCGCGAUGCAAAUCUUGAAACUCGUGGUGUAGGAUGGGGACUCACCCUGAACUGGUCUCUUCCUGCGCUGCAGUCACUUCUCCCAGAACAUCUCUACAGCCGUCUCCCAGAGGCAUAUGUUGAUCGAGAAGCUAUCAAGGGAGGGCUUUCGUCGAGAUUUCCUUUCUUUGACCUGGCUACGGGAGAAUUAAAAGCUUCAACACCGACAGCACCAGAAGCUAGUCGAAUUCGAGUAACAAGACAGGGUCUUCGAAAUAUCUUGGCCAGUGGUAUAAAUGUUGAGUGGAACAAGUCUUUACAGCAAGUCGCGUCUACAGAUCAGUCUGUCACUGCCACGUUUGAAGAUGGAAGCUCAGUGACUGGAUGCUUGUUGGUAGCAUGUGACGGUAGUCACUCUCGGGUCCGCCGAGCAUUAUAUCCGGAUCUGAAGCUUCACGAUGUCCCUGUCCGUAUGCUCGGCAUGAAGCUGGAGAUGACGCCUGAUGAAGCCAAACCAAUUCGAGACCUUGACCCUUUCUUCAUGCAUAGUACCCACUCAUCACACAGCAUGUUUGUAUUUAUGAGUAUGCUCGACGCUCCCGGCAACCAUCGAGACGAGAUCCAUCCGUAUGUGCUACAGAUGUGCGUCUCCUGGCCAUAUCGUGCCGGCUUCUUUGGUAAAGAAGCCCCAAUAGAAAUUCCCGAAACAGUCGAGGAGCAGCUGAAGUUGAUUCACGAAUUCGCGGAAACAUUUGCUGAGCCUUGGCGGUCUCGCGCAUUGGGCGCCAACAUCGAUGCACAUGUCAAAGGUCUCAAAAUUCAAGAUCUGCCUCCACCUGGGGGUCUUCAGACAACUGGUCGCGUUGUACUCAUGGGCGACGCUCUUCACCCUAUGGCCAUGUACCGAGGAGAGGGUGCAAACCAUGUAAUUCUAGACGUGGAAGACUUUGUCGAUUGUGUUAUGCCUAUCUUACAAGCUGGUGGGACAUCUGAGAAGUUGAAGGCAUCUAUGGAUCGCUACCUAAAAGUCGUUGUCACACGAACUCGACCGGCUGUGUUGGCGUCUAGACAAGCCUGCCUACAUGCGCAUGACUGGGAGAAGAUCAGCAGUGAGAGCCCACUUCUGACAAGGCGUAUGCCCUUUGUCGAGUUUGACGAGAGUCAAUUGCAGUCUUAG